UGCCAGCACUUCAUGCAAGGACUGGAAAACCAGACAGCCGGGUUGCUGCUCCAGUUCUCCAUUCAUUCCAAAGAACUUGGGAAGUGAGAACAGUCUGUGGCCACGGACUGGUCAAGGCAAUAGAGCUUGGGCAGACACAGAAGUCAACUCAUUUCCCGGUUGCUCGAUCAUAGCAUGGCUGACCAGUUUACAGAGGAACAGAUUGCUGAAUUCAAAGAGGCCUUCAGCCUUUUUGACAAGGAUUCUGAUGGCACCAUCACCACUAAGGAACUGGGCACUGUCAUGAGGUCAUUAGGCCAGAACCCAACAGAGGCUGAGCUACAGACCAUGAUGGGAGAGGUCGACGCUGAUGGUAAUGGUACCAUUGAUUUCCCCGAGUUCUUGGGCAUGAUGGCGAAGAAGAUGAAGGGUGCUGAAACUGAGGAGUCUAUCCGGGAAGCCUUCCGGGUGUUUGACAAGGAUGGCAAUGGCUUUGUCAGUGCAGCUGAGCUAAGGCAUGUGAUGACCAGCCUUGGGGAAAAGCUUACGGAUGAAGAAGUGGAUGAGAUGAUGGGGGAAGCUGAUGUUGAUGGUGAUGGGCAGGUGAACUAUGAGGAGUUUGUCCGAGUGCUUUCCUCUAAGUAGGGAGGAUGGGGAGUGUAGAAUUCCAGUCUUGAUUCCAAUAACUUUCUUUAGCUUUAUGUUGUGCUCUUGACUUUCUAACAGAGGCGGGGAUGGGGGGGGUCAUGGAGGAGAGAGGCAUUUUUUCUUGCUGUUGAAAAAUUUUUGUACAUCAUAAUUCCUUCUCCAUCUCUUUACCCUGGAUUCUCUCCUGAUGAGCUUACAUUCUGGAACUUUUCCUACUGAGUUGGAAGAAUAUCACAUACUUUUUCCUACCGGGCCUCCUGUCUGUUUAAAAUAAAACAAGAAUACCCUACGUGCAGCAAUCAGCAAAACGUCAAUCAUUCCUUUAUAAUGCCUUAAAUAUAUAGAAAUUGAAAUAGAAAUAGUUUCAUGCUUGGAAUAUAAGAUUGUAAGGUCCAAGAAGAUUUAUAAACUCUUCAACCCAUUGAGAAAUGUAAAAAACUUAUUUCAUUCUGAAUAUAAUCUUUGAAGGGGAUACUAAAUCAUCAUCAUCCAAGAUGUAGCUGAUGACAUCAACCCAUAUUUGGAUUCUUAUAUGAGAAAAGGGUGCUCCUUUGUUUGAAGACCAUCUGCUGCUAUAUAUUGUGCAGGAGGGAGCCAGUGACAUUCAAGAGGUUGGGAGAAACAUGGUACCAGAUGGAGAAGGUGAAGAUGGGGGCUUUGGCAAUUGUGUGCAGGACUCUCUAGCUGCAUUUGCUUCCCUCUCCUGUCUGCCUAGAAAAACAUCUUUGACUCACCUGUGGGAAAGAGGGAAGAUUCCUGGGGAUAGCUGUGGUGAUGUGUCUGUAUUAUUCUUGAUGGAAGAGGGACAUCUAAAUGAAAGGGAUUUGGGGAAAACUGAAGGAAAUAAAUGAGAAGUUCACUUUCCUAA